CUAGCGGCCAGAGAGAGCACAGCAGACAGCAGGGCUCGGCGGUGAGUGCGGGACUCCGGCUUGUGCGCAGGCGCCGGGCUGGGUCCCUGCCGCUCGAGGGACCCAAUGCCUGCCGCCUCGCGGGCGCCUCUAGUCUGAGAAGCCCCUUUCUCCGCACGCGCCGACCCCUGAGUCCCCAGCCUGGUGCAGAGAGCUGCAGACUCGGGGGUCACAGCUGGGGGUUCUGGAGCCAGAAAGGGAAGGCUUCCGUCCUCGGCGGGGGCAGAAUUGGAGCCUCCGGCUGCCGUAGCUUCGGACCUGAGUUGCCCGAGCCGCUGCGGCUCCCGCAGGGAGGGGGCGGGGCUGACGCGAGCAUCUCCGUGCUCAGUUUUCCGGACUUGGUGCAACGCGGUCAGGUGCAGCAGCUGAAGACCUCUUCCUAACCCGGUGCGGGGCACUUUGCGACGCCUGCCUCCUCGGCCCCAUUCUCCGGUCUCACUGCUGCCCCGGGGCCCAGCUGCCACUUGCCUGGCGAUGCUCUCACACUUUGGACUCUUCUGGCAUUAUUGAGCUGACGCUUUGGGACAUCAGAUUCAGGUCGUAUGGGGAGAGAAGCGUGUGACUUUGCAAGGUGUGAUGUGGAAACCUGGGCCUGUCACCCGUCUCCGCUUGAUUAAAGGCCACUAGGGUGGUGUCUCUGGCCUGAUAAAAUGCUGUUAUUUGUUAUUGAGAAGGGAAACGAAGGAAUAGAUCACUGAAGUGAAGUUGGCUGUCCCUGUUAUCCCGGAAUCGGAUUGUCCUGAGGGGACAGUCUGGAAGAAUGGUGUAAAAGGAAACAUCAACCCGUGCUUUGAAUGUGGCAAGAAAAGAAUAAGCCCUGUCAUGAUUGCUUGAAUUCAGGACUUUACACUGGAAGGAAAGUUAGAUGUAAGCUCUAAUCUCUUCUUGGGAACUGGAAAUUUUUUUUAAAAAGGACUCCUCUGAAGAAAAUUGUGCUUCUUAAGUCAACCCUAGCCUCUCCUCCAUACAAAGAGCUCUUAAUGAUACUAGCGGAAAACAAACAAAUUCAACUAAAAGCUCGUCUGCAGAUCAGAAGAACGAAGACAUGGAGUUUUAAGGAGUGAAGGUAACAUGGCAUCGGCCAUGGGUGAUCAAGACACAGACAGACAAUGUGGCUCAAUUUCUUCAAACUACGGCUUUUCUGCUGUUUGCUUGCAGUGCUGAUGGUGGUGGUGCUGGUUGUCAAUGUUACUCAGGUAGAGUACUUGGACCAUGAGACUGUUUCAGCCACAUUCAUCGACAGUAGUGGACAGUUUGUUUCCUCCCAGGUGACAGGAGUUAACCGGAAUCCUUACUGUGGCUAUGAGCAUCAGACUCUGUCUAGCCGGGAGCGCAUGGAGGAGGACUCCUUGCUGGCUGCCCUACAAUGGCAGGUGCCUGAUAUGGGUCCGGUCCCCUUUCUGAAGAGCACUGACCCUUCUUCCAGCUACUUUGUUAUCUUGAACUCUGCAGCCUUCUUCAAGGUGGGAAGCCAGCUAGAAGUGCUGGUUCACGUACAGGAUUUUCAAAGAAAACCCAAGAAAUAUGGUGGAGAUUACCUGCAGGCCAGAAUCCACUCACCUAAGCUGCAGGCAGGGGCUGUGGGCAGAGUGGUAGACUACCAGAAUGGGUUUUACAAAGUCUUUUUCACUUUGCUCUGGCCGGGCAAGGUUAAAGUGUCCAUAUCUCUCGUCCACCCCACUGAAGGGAUCAGAGUUCUGCAGCACCUACAGGAAGAGAAACCACACAGGGUCUAUUUCAAGAGUCUCUUCCGUUCAGGAAGAAUUUCUGAAACCACGGAGUGCAAUGUGUGUCUUCCUGGGAAUCUGCCCCUGUGUAACUUUACAGAUCUCUAUACUGGAGAACCCUGGUUCUGCUUCAAACCAAAGAAGCUCCCAUGCAGUAGUAGAAUUAACCAUUUCAAAGGUGGAUACCUGAAGGGCCUUCUAACUGCUGCAGAGAAUGCUUUCUUCCAGAGUGGUGUCAAUAUCAAAAUGCCAAUCAACUCCAGUGGACCUGAUUGGGUGACUGUGAUUCCCAGGAGAAUAAAAGAAACUAACAAUCUAGAAAUAUCACAAGGCUCAGGAACUUUUCCUUCUGGAUAUUAUUACAAAGAUCAGUGGAGGCCCAGAAAGUUUAAGAUGCGCCAGUUUAAUGACCCUGACAACAUCACAGCAUGCUUACAAAGAAAAGUGGUGUACUUAUUUGGAGAUUCAACAAUCAGGCAAUGGUUUGAAUACCUUACUACGUUUGUUCCAGAUUUAGUGGAGUUUAACUUGGGUAGUCCCAAGAAUGUGGGUCCUUUCCUCGCGGUGGACCAGAAGCACAACAUCCUGCUCAAAUAUCGCUGCCAUGGUCCACCCAUCCGUUUUACAACUGUCUUUAGCAAUGAGCUCCAUUAUGUGGCCAAUGAGCUGAAUGGCAUCGUGGGAGGGAAGAACACCGUGGUUGCCAUAGCUAUAUGGUCUCAUUUCAGCACCUUCCCCUUGGAAGUGUACAUCCGGCGGCUCAGGAAUAUCCGUCGAGCCGUGGUCCAGCUCCUGGAUCGAAGCCCUAAGACCGUGGUAGUCAUCCGAACAGCCAACGCCCAAGAGCUGGGGCCCGAGGUGAGCCUCUUCAACAGUGACUGGUACAACUUUCAGCUGGACACCAUCCUCCGGAAGAUGUUCUCAGGGGUUGGAGUGUAUCUCGUUGAUGCCUGGGAGAUGACCUUGGCUCAUUAUUUACCCCACAAGCUACAUCCAGAUGAAGUUAUUGUGAAGAACCAACUAGACAUGUUCUUGUCCUUUGUGUGCCCUGAGGAGACCUAGCCCGCCCUGGAGGGGACUGGAGGAAUCACAUUACCUGUGUUACAGGAAGUUUAUGGCUGGCCCCAUGGAGACAUACCUGCUAGUGACAUGUACAAAAUUUCAAAAGGAACUGGACUUUAUAUGAGACUUCUAAGGAGCUUAGAAAAUGCAGGUUGCAUUUAUAUCUACCUACAGGAUUUUUUUCCAAUCUUUACAUAGCCAUUGGAGAAUCAUUAUUAACAACAUCUACGCACUGUAUUCCUCUUGUAACCAAAGAUGCUAAUGAGUGUAUUUGAAUUAGCCUCUCCUGAGAGGGGAGAGUACUACGCUAAAAACUGUGAGACGUAUUCUGACCUAAAUGGUUGGUAGUGAAAUGUUUGUAGCUUAUCUGGUAAAGGAGAGUGAGCUUAUCUGUAUGAACAGCACAGUUGGUCCAUCUUUGGUGGGAUGAACUAAUGAGGCUUCUGGUCAGUGCCUCCUGUAACACACUGAAAACUGCUGUGUCUUGGGAGUUCCUCUUGAUGAUCCACCUCUUCUGAGUUGCUUUUCAGGCUGGAAUCCUUGCUCAGAUUUUUCUAGUGAGAAUAUUUACAAUAUUCUGCAUUUAUCUAGAAAAGAAGCAAAAGGAAAGUAUGAAAACAGUACACAAAAUCUGUGUGUUGAAUUGAUACUUGCACUGGGGGGUUGUUACUUAUUUCAGCUGAAUUUUACAUGAUGAAUACUUUAAAAUAAUCACUUUUGGAACUGGAAGGGGGAAUCUAUAAAUGGAAAUUUAUUUUUGUGUUUUGAAGUUUGAGGGUUUUAAGAACUGCAUUUUAUGUAAAGAUUGUUUAUUAUAAAGUUGUAGAAGUUA